AAGUGAGAAGUUCGUGACUCUAUUCGCCUGAGCUCUUAAAAAAAACAAAAAAAUAUCGCACACGCAGAGGGAAGGGGGGAGAUCGACUUUCUGAAUCAUCUUUAUAAUUUUGCAGGCUCAGUUUGUUACCGCCUGCGAUUUCUGUCAAACUGAAAGAAGAAUUAGUAGACGUUUUAUAAAGUAAAAGAAGAAGAUGAAGACAACAAAAGGAGGCAAAGUCAUGAACCCUACGGAUGCCUACCGUAAGGAGCUUCGUAAAAAGGAACUCAAAAGGAAUAAAAAAGAAAGAAAGAAGGUGAGGGAGGUGGGUAUUUUGAAGAAGGAUCCGGAGGCAAUCAGGGAUCAGAUUGAGAAACUGGAAAUGAUGAAGGCUGAUGGUGCACUGGACAAAGCAAGAAAGCACAAGAAGAGGCAGCUCGAGGACACACUUAAUCUUGUUCUUAAGAAAAGGAAGGAACUUCAUGAGAAAAUGAAGGAGAAGGGUGAGACCCCUGUAAUGUUUAGUCAUUUGGGGCCUCCUCGAAGAAGAACAAGUGCGGAAGAAGAAGAGAGAGUGAAACACCCCAAGCCAGAAGACUCUGCUUAUUAUCACCCAACCCUGAAUCCUAGUGGCGCUCCACCACCUGGAAAGCCUCCAAUGUAUUUAUCCUCAAUAGGACCCAGAAUUCCCUUAUCUGGUGGUUCAGCAAGUGAUGUGGCAUCAUCCUCGAAAACAGAAUCAGAUGAUGCUGCAUUAGCCGUACCACCACCACCACCACCUCCGUUGCCAGAUACUGCAAGAUUGGAUUCUGAUGAUGGCUCUGUUGUCCCAGAGUCUUUGCCACUACCACCUCCACCUCCACCUCCGAUGCCCCCAACUGUUGCAGGAAGCUUAGCUAUGUCAUUGCCUCCACCACCUUUGCCACCACCACCUCCUGGACCUCCACCCAAAGAACAAAUUGCAGGUCGUCCACCACUUCCUCCUCCUCCACCCCUCCAACAAUUAUCACAACCACCUCCUGCUGGCAUCAGUGCUAAUGAAAGGGAGAGAAUUGAUGACCCCUCCAAGGUGUCAGCUCAGGUGCCUCUCCCACCUCCUCCGCCACCUGGGAUGUCACAACAGUCGGCAGGUAAUGAGUCUGAGGGUGCUUCAUCUGGAGCUGAUGGCAAUAAUCUUCCAGCAACCAAGGAUCUUCCUAACAUGGUUCCACCACCACCACCACCUCCAAGGCAACAACCUCCAGUGGCUGGACCUGCAUUGAUUCCAACCAUACAGCCUGAUGUAUUACCUCCAGGAAUAUCACGUUUCCCCCCACCUCCACCUCCACCUCCUCUAGACAUGCACCCACCGCUAUCUGCUCCUGUGCUUCCUGGUGGGGCUGCCCAUCCUGGUAUGAUGGUUCCUCCAAUGAUGAGACCACCAUUUGGUCCUCCCCCAAUGAUGAGACCACCACUUCCACCCGGUCCUCCACCUACCGUACAGGAAGGAGAGUAUCCUGCAAACAGGCUGCCGGGGCCACAGAAGCCAUCAUAUGUGAAGUCUGCUGCCUCAACUGUUGUAAAAAGGCCACUAGCUCAGCACACUCCUGAACUUACAGCUAUGGUUCCUGCUUCUGUCCGAGUCAGGCGAGAAACUACCCUCCCAAAAGCAAAACCGAAGUCAUCAGUGUCGACAACUGUAGCGGCCAUUCAGCCUGCAGCUCCAAUUGUUGUGAAGAAGCAAGAAUCAAUUAGCUCAUCAUCAGCACCUAAGCCUCAGAGUAUUGAUGACUCAUAUAUGGCAUUUUUGGAGGAUAUGAAAGCGCUUGGUGCACUUGAUAGUUCAUAAUUUUAUUGGUGGAUGAGAGGACAAGGUAAAGAAGAGGCAUGCGAAGGAUCAAAUUGUGUACAGGCGAAUCUUAGAGCGGAUAUAUUAUUUUGUUGUUGCUGGUUGCUGGCCUUUGGUUCCUUAGUUCCCUUGUUGUUCAGAUUCAGGGACCUCUUUGUAUCAGUUAUUCAUCUUUUUCAUGAUCAAGUCUUCUUAGACUAGCCAGUUCUUGAGAUAAAUGUUUUGGGGCGAUUUGUCCUCAGUGAAUGAUAGAUACUCUAACCUGGAGGACAUGGAAAUGUGUACUAGAUUGAAAUUUAAAACAAAAGUAGGCAUAUUUCCCACCUGCUUUUUUCUCUUUCA